UACUCGAUUCUUUUCCCUGCACAUACCAUAACAGCGGGAAAUAGUUUUCCUUUGCGAAAGAAAUACAGAUAAGAUACCACAUAAUGUGGUAUCUGAUAUCUUUGGAUAAUCCAGAUGUGAAAUAUACCCUCCUCACUGGGCAUAAGUAUCUGGUUGGUAGAAAGAAUUGUGAUAUACUUAUAGCUGGAGAUGCUGCAGUCAGUAGGAACCAUGCACAGAUAGAACUUGUACACAAGGAAACAGAUAUUACAAACCCGGAAAAAUUACCAACAGUUAGUUUGACAGACUUGUCAAAGUUUGGGACUUCAGUAAAUGGGGAUAAAAUUAAGAAUACAGAAUUAAAGGAUGGUGAUUUGGUUACGUUUGGAAAUAGUUCUACUUUCACACUGGUUUACGAGCCAUUCAUCAUUUCAUCAUCAUGUUUAGAUCCACCCUCAAAGAAGAAGGUGAGAGAGUGGAUCAUUAUACUUGGUGGACAUAUGGUCAAUGACUGGAAGAAAGAGUGUACAUUGCUUGUCAUGAAUAAUAUCAGUGUUACUAUCAAGGUUGUGUGUGCUCUAUUGUCUUUGAAAAAUAUUGUUACACCUGAUUACCUGGAAAAAUACAUUAUUUAUCUGAGAGGAGAAAGUGGACAACCAGAUCCUGACCAGUUCCUACCAGUUAUCACAGAAACACAAGUUGAAACUGAUGAAGUAUCAUUUAAAGUGGUACCCAAGCGGAGAAACAUCUUCCAGGGAAUGAAGUUCAUAUUUCUAAAUGAAAAACAGUUUAAGAAGAUGAACCUGGCAGUAGAGUUAGGUGGGGGACUUCCUGUGUUAUUAGAAGAGAAAUGGCAGAAAGAUACUAUGUUGGUAGAGAAAGGGUCAGUUGUAAUGCAAUGUGAACCUAACCAAUGUACACAGAUGAUGUCACAAGAUAGUAAUAACUGGGUACUGCAUGUACAAGCUUUCCUCAGGAAGCACAAGAAACACAUGAUACAAGAUGCUGAAAUAGGAUUUGCUGUACUGUAUUGUUCUACAGAGAAACACUGUAAUCCCAAUAAAGAUAAUGAUGAUCCAGUUUUGCGUCAUGUUCCCUCUCAGUCAGUUUCGAAUACAGAUGUUUUGGUUGCUAACACAGAAGUUUCACCUGACAGGUCACCUACAAGAGUAAGAAAAAAGAAAUGUGAAGCUGUGUUGGAUGAAACCAAAUUUGACAAACAGGAUAAGACACCUGCUAAAAAGACAAUGGUUAAACAGGAAAGUUCACAGACAAAAAGUAAAGCACCAGAGCAGACGACAGACAGUACAAGGUCUCAGAGGUCAAAUAAGAGGGGUAGAAUUGAUGAAGAGGAGGAAAUCCAGGAAGUAACACCAUUGAAAAAGAAAGUGAAACAAGAAAUAGUUACUCCAGUGCGAAGAGUAAAUGAAAGUAGUAACCAUAGAAUGUCACAAAGGAGAUCACCAAGUCCUGUAACUAGGUCCCCACCAAGGGAUCAAAGGAAUAUUUCACCUAAGAGUCAAAAGACAUCACAGAGAUCACCUAGUCCAAAAUCCAAGAGGCAAAAUAAAUCUGCAGGGAUAGUCAAGAAGGAAAUUAUUGAGGACUCUGAUGAUGAAACUGAAAAUAAAAAUAAGCAUCGUGUCAUUGUACAGGAUUCUGACGAUGAAUUUCCAGACUUCCGAAGUAAAAAGAAAUCACACAAACAGAAGUCACCAAAAACUUCAUCUGCAAAUUCUGAUUCAGAUGACGGGUUUCCAAGUUUUAAUACAAAAGCUAAAGGAAAACAAGGAAAAGCAGCAUCUGUAUCAAUAAAUAUGUCAGACUCUGAUGAAGAAUUUCAUGUUGGUAAACCUAGGUCUAGUCAAAGAAAGCCUGUCAAACACGAAGCUUCACCAGCACCCAGAUCAAAAUCAAAACAUAUGGGUGAUGGUGAUGCAGAUAAUAAUGAACAAAAUAAUACAGGUGCAAAUGUGAUGAGAACAAGUAAACGUAAAACUUUAGUGGAAGAUUCGGAUGAAGAAAUAGAUGUUCAACCUAAAGGUAAAAAGAGACAAGUAACAGAAAAUUCUGAUGAUGAAUUUGACAGACUGACAAGUAAAAAGAAGAAACCACAGUCUUCUGUUGGUGAUGAGGAUAAUACUGUUUCUCCUUUGACACAUGGCACAGGGCAGUUUGUUGUUCCUGAGGAUAAAAACCUAAAUCGUGAAGAAAUAAAGACUGAAGUCACUGAACCACAGACAGGUUUUAUUUCUGCAGCUGAGGAAAAUCAGAAUAGUAGACCAACUGACUAUGUCAAGGAGGAAGACCUGCCUUCCAGGUGUAUCAAUAUCCAGUUUGUUGACUUGGUAGCUAGGAAACUAAAUAAACCUAAAAAACAAUCUAGUGAAGGGGUACCAGAGGGUUAUGUUAAAUGGAAAGGAAAACUGGUCAGAAGUUUCAAAAAGUUCAGAAAGACAGAAAAUGCAGGAGCAAAUAGUUUACCUAGAAUUAUUGGAGGAAGUGAUCUAAUAGCCCAUACUGCAACAAAUAGAAAGGACUUAGAUGAUUGGUUUAAAGAAGCCAUUCAGGCUGAGAGUCAACAGAAUGAAUCAGAGAAAAAAGCUCAAGAUUUAUUUAACUGGGAACCAAAUAAAAAGAAGUCAAGAUGAAAAAUGCAUUUUUUUGCAUAAACAUAAGUGGAGACGGUUAUUGAUGCAGUCAAAACCUUAUUCAACACAAAUUAUAAUGAAGUGUCAUGAACAACAAAACUUUCUGUUCUGUUAAAAAAAAUUAAUGUUAUUACAAAUGCAGUGUGAUAAAAUAAUUUUUUAGUUAA